AUGGCGAGAUACAGCGUCAUAAUAGGCUGUUUCCUUGAGGCUGCUUUCUCAGAUUUUGAGGAGCUCUUCCUUAAGCAGCUGUCAGGCUUGAUCUUACUAUUCUAUCUGGUGUUUUAUGGCUUCCUAGCAGCACUCUUCACAUUCACAAUGUGGGUUAUGCUUCAGACACUGAGCAGUGAUAUACCAAAAUAUCGCGACCGGAUUUCUAGUCCAGGACUUAUGAUUUCACCAAAGCCAGACACCGCACUGGAAUUUUACUUUAACAAGAGUGAUGCCCAGUCAUAUGCAGAAUAUGUUUCUACACUUAGAAAAUUUCUUGAAUCAUAUGAUGAUUCAAAGCAAUCCCAAAACAUAAACUGUACACCCGGAAGGAUUUUUGAUCAGAAUGAUGUUGCUGUUAAAAAGGCUUGUCGAUUUAACCUCUCUGAGCUUGGACUAUGCUCUGGAAAAGAAGAUAAGACCUUUGGCUAUUCUAAAGGAACUCCCUGUGUGCUUGUGAAAAUGAACAGAAUAAUUGGAUUAAAGCCUGAAGGAGAACCACGUAUACACUGUACGUCUAAGGAAGAAGGCAUGGUUGAGAUAAAUUAUUUUCCUUCUGAAGGCUUGAUUGACUUAAUGUACUUCCCAUACUAUGGGAAAAGCUUGCACGCUCACUAUUUACAGCCUCUAGUGGCUGUUCAACUAGCAAUUAACUCCAACAGUACCAAAGAAGAAAUAGCAAUUGAGUGUAAGAUCCUGGGCUCACCUAAUUUAAAAAAUGAAGAUGAUCGUGACAAGUUUCUGGGACGAAUUGCCUUCAAAGUUCAGAUGACUGAAUAGCAGGAGUGAAAAAUUCUGCACAAAGUAAACGUUGUGUUGUCUGUUUUGUAUCAGCUGGACACGCUGUUCUAGGAUAUGAGACCACCUUGGAGAAUGUUAAGGUGGUUUAUGGCGUUCAGGGUAGCAUAAUAAUAUGCUUCCAAAUCGUAUGUUUAAAAUCCCUCAAAAUAAAUGCCUGUCCUGCUUUUGCCUCCCCCAUUGGAACAGUGUACAGACUAUAGUUAUGUCAUAGGGACCUGUAAAUAGCUGUUUUCAAACACAUAAUAAUGGUGACCUUUGUCCUGUUCUAAAAUGUGGUUUUAUCCCCCAAGCGAGUGUCUCAAGCUUAAUGUGCUGUGCUAUGUAAAUAUUGUAUUGAUUUAACACUGGUUUAACUGUCAUAUCUCAAUGCUGACACAGUUAUAGGGAUAAAUAAUAAAUGGUACCUGAUUGACAUAGUGAUCUUUUUGUAAGAGUAAACACCUCCAACGUAAAUUGUGUGUAUGGGAGUGGGUGGGUGAAUGGAAGGCUGUGUGGAGAUGCCUUAAAUUGUAGACUGGGUGGCGUGGGAGAAUUGAAAUGGAUUUUGAGAGUUGGUAUGGAUUUCUGAAAGUAAGUGCUUAACUAGUACUUUCUUGUGCUUGUCACUGUGCAGGUAUUGUGUACAUGUUAAUACUUGGUAUAGAGUUUGGUAUUCUAGAUGAGGAAUUGACUCUUCAUGUUGUUAAUUGCUUGCGAUAUGUGGAGCACAAAUAAAAUCUAUACAAUAUUUUAAAAUUUUAGUUCAGAAAUAUCAAUAUACAACAAUUUAAAUUUUUUAGGGUCUUGGUAAUAGUUGUACAUCAGAGCUGCUUGAAAGAAAUGGCCUCACCUUUGUGGGAAUAGGCUUUCAUUUUCCAAUUAAAAAAUUUCCUGAAGGUGCUCUGUUUAA